CAUCAGUCGUGCGCGUGGACCGCCGUCCGGCCAUGUGAUGCGAAAUCUGCCGACGGCAUCCUAAAUCAGUUUCAUAAAUAAUGUAGAAAGCAUCAGCAGGUCCCGACGGGGGCUUAUAUUGCAUUGCUCCCAGUGUUUCUAAUGAUAGUGAGACAAGAGAGAAAGAGAGAGAGUGCUGCUGGUGGUGGAGACACAAGCGCGUCCCGGAUCAGACAGAGAACUCGCAGCCGGUGGCGCGCAGGGAGCACAUCGCCACUUCUACGUGUUUUAUGGGACAUCGGACCGCAGACAAGUGAGUGGGACAACACGAGUGCUGGAAAGAAGGACUGACUAGUAUCUGCAUAUCUGUGACUCUCUCUCCAUUUCUCUCUCACUCACUCACUUACUCCGUGAAGCAAAGGAGGCGGGACGUCCAGGAGGAAAUUGUAGGGUUGGAUAAGUAGGGUCCAGUUUGUCUCUUUCCAUCUCUCUUCAGCUCGCUCUCGACAUGGAACCGAACAGCCCUAAGAAGAUCCAGUUUGCCGUCCCGCUUUUCCAGAGCCAGCUGGAUCCUCAGGCAGCUGAGCAUAUUCGUAAGCGCAGACCAACUCCAGCCACACUGGUUAUCUACAAUGAGCCCAGUGUUUCAGGAGAUGACAAGCAGACUUCAGGCAGUCAGGUGGAGACCCCGAACGCCCAGCUGUCUCCCGCCCAGAGAAAACAGAGCGUUUACACACCGCCUACCAUGAGAGAGCUGCAGCUGGUGGUGGAGCAGCACUUUCAGAAGCAGGAGCAGCAGGAGGCGGGGCUCUCUGACAGCCCAGACACGCCCAGUCCAAUCACAGCACAGCAUUUUACCAACGCAGCUCAGUGGACCAAUCACAACAGCUCAGAGCCCAAUGGCAAUGAGUCUUAUGUCAGUUCUGAGGGGCAGCCAGGGAGCAGUGGGGAUGGGGGUAGAGAGCACAGCGAUAGCAAGCAAGAGGAGAAAGAAAGCCACCAUCCUACCAAGCUUUCUCAAAAACAUCUCGGCACACUUUCAGAAGAACCUGGAGACCCGCUGCCACGACGCAAAGAUACGCCAUACCAGCACCAACCACCCUUCAUUCCAGGAGUCCAGUUAAUGAAAAAUCAAACAGAUUCUUCCUCACAUUUCCAAGAGGAUGAGGAGAACAGUGGUGGACUAAAAGACAAUUUGCCAGAGUAACAGCGGGUCAAUUACAUUGCAAAGUGACAUCUUUUCGGUUUGGGAGCUAUUUUAGUUACUUUUUUAAGUAACAUUUUAUAAUAUUGCACUUGUUUGCAGGUGAAAUGUUUCAAUUACUGUAUGUGCAUUUGUUGACAGUAUAUGCAGUGUUUUACUUUAAAAAAUGUGGGGAACAAAAGUGUGAACAAAAACUGGGAGAAUGGUCCAUGUUGUCAUAAAACAGAAACAGACAAAUACUCAAACAUUGUGACUUUAUUUAGUUAAACUUUUUACUCAAAUUUUUUUAGUGAUAUUAUAUUGAUGGUGUUAAAAAAUGUUUUUUUCUCCUUUGGUUUGACAAUUUUGGUUCCCACUAUUUAGUGUGUAGUAUUGUUGUUUUAUUAUAUUAAAGGGGACAUAUCAUGAAAAUCGGACUUUUCAUGUUUAAGUGCUAUAUUUGGGUCCCCAGUGCUUCUAUCAACCUAGAAAAUGUGAUAAAGAUCAACCCAGUAACUUAGUUUUGGUAAACCAUUCUGUAAGCAUGUAAAAAAUAGGUAAUUGAAAUUUGGCUCCCCUUGUGAUGUCAGAAGGGGACAAUACCGUCCCCUUAAUCUGCACUAUCCAACCACUGCACUGCCAUUUAGUGCAUAAAUCAGCUCAUUUGCAUGUUAAAGGACACCCAAAAACGACACAUUUUUGCUCACACCUAAAAUGUGGAAAUUUUAACAUGCUAUAAUAAAGUAUCUAUAGGAUAUUUUGAGCUAAAACUUUACAUAGGUACGUAUUUAUUUGACAUCUUUAAAAAAGUAUUGUGAAAUGUCCCCUUUAACUCUGAUUCUCUAAUUGUAUUUCAUUAUCGCUUGAUGGCUCUUCAAUGUUUUUGUAAGAACAUAGCAGCAUUAAUAGCUAUAAUACGAAAGGAUAAAAUGACAAUACUGAAACUCUUCAGAUGUUAUUUUAGCAAUAUAUUGAAGCCAGUCCCAUCCUGCCACGUUAUAUUCAGUCAGCUCUUGUAAAAUAAGCUUGACGCUUUGCUGAAACCUCUCACAAAAGCAAUAUUUUUGUAGUAACAUAAGGCUGUUUCGUAUGCAGACGUGACUCUGAAGUCCCACAUGGCUGUUGUACAGCUGACAGUCUCUCAUGAAAUGCUUCUGAAAUGUGGGCAUCGUACAUAGAGUUAAACAUGUUAUAUACACUGAAAAAAAAAUGAUUCAUUGAAUUAAAUUUUACUCAAUUUUUUAAGGUAAGUGGUUGCAGUCAAUUUAUUUAAGCUACAUUUAAACAAAAGUUUUAUAUUUUAUUUUACUUUACUAAUCUUUUUUUUGUUUAAAUGUAGCUUAAAUAAAUUCAUUGCAACCACUUACCUUAAAAAAUUGAGUAUAUUCAAUUAAUAAUUUUUUCAGUGUACUUGCGUGAUAAUCAUUUUACUAGAUCAACUUUAAUGCACAUACAUUUUUUUUAAUAGAUGUCAUGACACAGAUGUCUCAGAAGGUGUUUUGGAAGAUUAUUUGGGCCGCUACUGAUCAUUUUAAUAACACUACUUAUUGUGCACUUUAAAAAGUGAAAGUUGGAUAACUUUUAGUUUUUUCACCUUACAUUUUUCACUUAAAGUGAGAAUAUUAAACUUGAAAAAUAUAUUUUUUAAAGGUGUUACCAAUUGAAUUUUAUUUUGGAAGUAGAUCCAACGUUCACUUUAUACAGUGUCAUCAUCUGCAUAAUUUUUUUUAUUUUUUGUUUGUUGUAAACCAAGCAUAUUUUACAUCAAUGAUUAGUUGUAUGUCUGUAUACACUGUAAAAAAUACUUUGCUGCCUUAAAAUAUUUUGUUGAAUCAACUCGGAUUUACAAGUCAUUUCAACUUACUAUUAUUUAUCUUGACUAGAGAUGAGUUGUUAUAACUACAGGUGAGUUGUUAUAACUUAUAAAUUUAAGUUGACUUUUCUCAACUAUAUUUUAUAAGUUGUGACAGCUAAUUUCUGUUGACAUGACUUGUAAAUCUGAGUUGAUUUAACAAAAAAUUUUAAGGCAGCAAAGUUUUUUUUUUACAGUGUAUUCACCUCAAAGUUGAAAGUAAAAAAAAACUCCAAGCUUAUUUUAGGGACCAUUUAGGCAUUUUUUUUUCUUUUUCAUUUCAACGGUCCUAAAAUUUUCUAAAAAAAAGCAAACUUUUCUAAGUAGUGUCCAUCACCUUAGCAUUCCUAUUUGAUGCUUUUCUGUUUAAUAAACUUUAAAUAAACUUU